GAGUGCCCAUCCCACUCUCAAAGGAGCUGCACACACACUCUGGCAAACACACUUACAACACUGGCAGUCAGAGCACACACAGCUCCAUUCACCAGUUAUAAGACAAGAGCCACUUCCAGUUAAAGGACAUAAAGCCCAGAUCCGAGCUCCAGUAUGGAUGCGCUGAAGAAGGGAUUCUCCAUGGCUAAGGAGGGAGUGGUGGCUGCCGCCGAAAAAACCAAGGCAGGGGUGGAGGAGGCAGCUGCCAAAACCAAAGAAGGGGUCAUGUAUGUAGGCGCAAAGACAAAGGAAGGUGUUGUGACAAGUGUAAACACAGUUGCCCACAAAACAACUGAGCAGGCGAAUCUUGUGAGUGAGACUGCCGUGGCUGGAGCCAAUCAGGCGUCAGAAAAGGCAGUGGAGGGGCUGGAAAGUGUGGUCGCAUCCACUGGCCUCGUCAAACCGGGGGAGCUGACGAAGCAGGAGGGAGAUGUAGAGCAGCCUACAGACGCUGGACAGGAGAUGUCACACUGAACGCCCCUGUGAUGCUCUUCACAAAAAAAAAAAAACAAGACACCCACCUGUCUCUCUUGCUUUGUCCUCACAAACUACAUCUACUUAACUCAAUUUACCACUUUCCUUCAUGCAAACUUAUCCUAUUCACAAGAAAAAAAAAAUGCUCAUGUAACAACACUAUUAUUUAGCUAUGCAAUAUUCACAUAUACUGAGCAGUGCGUGUCAUCAAAUUUGUACAAAUAUUACAUGCAUGUGCUUGUGAUUUGGACAAUUUUAUAUAGGCAAGGUCUGUCUUUCUUACCUGCCCUAAAACUAGUUUUCCUCCACCCAAAACAAAGAGGUCAGAUGGAUAGUGAUUUUACACAAUCAGUGUGAGAAAAGAUUUAAAAUAUUCCAGUCCAAAUACACUCUCAAUGUAGUAUCUGAGACGAUAUUUGAAACAAGGAGCAGAAAAAGUCAGAUUCACAGAUCCAAAUCCAAAGAAGAGGGCAAUUGAUGUC